AUUGCCUCAAGAAGCAUUGCAUCUUGGUCGCAUUUUUGACGCGACCACGUUGAUACCCACUACGAUCCGCACAGAAAGCCACGUCAUCUACAAUGUCGGGCGUAAACAGCUGGCUGCAGAGGCAGCGCAAGACAGAACUGACGGAGCUUGCACAGCAUACGGGAUUGACAAACUACGAAGGAAAACGAAAGCCGGAGCUCGAGCUUGCCCUCGAUGAAUAUAUCUCAGAGAACUCGACGCAGUUCUCAUCAGACCCGAGACUCGCCCCUUACUUCCAGAGUCGCGCCAGAACCGUAGGAUCGCCCGUCAAACAGUUCAAGGACGAGGUUGCAGCUCCCGUCCCUGAAGGCAGAUUGAGGAUCGCAAGGCGCCGCACCACCCGAGCAAUCGAGGAUAUCGUCGCGCCCGAAUCGGAUGAUGAGACGCCUGAAAGCACUUCGACCGCCGUUGCCCGCACCCCUGGCCGCGCGCUCUCUCUUGCCCAGCGCAUCCCACUCCCGGCAACCCCAGCGGACGUCGCUAAUGCCGUCGACCGCUCCACAGUGGCGGUGAGGAACCGCGUCGCGACUCUGUACAAGGAGUCUGGCAUCACAGAAGCUACACAUGCCACGCGCGAGAGCCUGUCGACCGUCACGUCAGUGCUCUUUAUCGUCUCGGCUUUUGAGCUCUACUUCUUGCGUCACGAGGUGCUGCCGGAUCGCUACGCUUUUACUAUCCCGGCCAUCAACUUUCUCGGCACCAAGGACUAUCCCGUCAUGAUCCCGGACCUCUUUCUGUUGCUGACGUCGUCUUUCUGGUCGCCUGCGCUACUGUGGUCAUUCACCAGCUCUGUUCUUCCUAGCGUCGUGGGCUACUUCCUCAACUUGACCAUUGGCACCCAACCCCCAGGUCGCAAGACUCGCGGCACCACACCUGCCUACAAUGUUGACCCGUUGACAUUCAGCAUUGUCAAAGCUCUGAUCUCAUUCGUCGUCUACGGCCAAAAAGCAACCUUUGGCGGCUGGAUCGACGAUGAAUCUAUCGCGCGCGUCAACGGCGCCGUCUACGGUGGCUACAAGGGCAUCCUGGUCGGCACUGCCAUCAGCGGACUUAUGAGCAUCUACGGCGCAGUGCUGCGGAACUAG